AUGGAGCAAAUUCAAGUCGGCGAUUCGAAUUCCGGCGGAGGAAUAAGCCGUAACGAUUCGAUUGUUGUGGUCGGAGCAUCGUCGCGAUUCGAAACAUUGCCGGAAGAUUGUAUCUCUAUGGUGAUUUCUCAUACUACACCACGCGACGCUUGUGUUGUGGCUUCGGUUUCGAAAGCCGUUAAAUCGGCGGCACAAUCGGAUUUGGUUUGGGAGACGUUUCUUCCUCCGGAGUAUGCGUCUCUUGUGCCUCGGUCGCUGAAUUGCUCGUCGAAAAAGGAGGUUUAUUUGUCUCUCGCUGAUGAUUCCGUUCUGAUCGAUGACGGCAAAAAGAGCUUUUGGUUGGAGAAAUCUAGUGGAAAGAAGUGUUUUAUGUUAUCUGCGAUGGAUUUAACGAUCAUAUGGGGAGAUUCUCCUGCUUAUUGGCAAUGGAUUACAGUUCCUGAAUCUAAGUUUGAGAAAGUAGCAGAGCUUCGUAAUGUGUGUUGGUUCGAGAUUCGAGGCAAGAUAAGUUGCGGAAUGCUGUCAAAGAAGACACAUUACUCGGUUUACGCAGUGUUCAAGAGAACAAGCAAUAGAUCACACGGGUUCGACCACACGCCUGUGGAAGCUGAAGUUGGUUUUGUCGGGAAAGAAACCACCAAGAAGUUUGUGUUUCUCGAACCUGGAGAUACGGAUUCACGCAGCGGGUAUCGUUACUCGGGAGUUUCGCACGCAGCGGUGUCCAGAGCGUUUAGGACAAGGCGUCCAUGGAUGCUGUUUCCGAGAGAAGAAGUUGAAGCAGAGAGGAAAGUUGGUAGCAGGAACGUGGAGGAGCCAAAGGAGAGAGGAGAUGGGUGGAGGGAAGUGGAGCUUGGGAAGUUUUACAUCGACAAUGGAGGUUGUGAAGAUGGUGAUGAGAUUGAGAUUAGUGUAAUGGAGACUCAGAUGGGACAUUGGAAGAGUGGUUUGAUUUUCCAGGGAAUCGAGAUCAGGCCUGUGAAAAGACAAGAAGAAGAAGAAAUGGUGACUAAAUGAUCAAACAGUCCUAGUUCCAACUGUUAUGUUUUGGCCGAUGCUAAAGUGAUGCAAAGCUUAAUUUAACCUGAUGUCGUUUUUUGAGUAUUUUCUCUUUAUGUAGAGGAACACAUCCCUCAUGAAAUACUUAUCAAAGCACAACGUCUUAAAUUGCUUUCUUAAA